AUGAAAAUUUGCUCCGCCGUACCGGAGGCGGUGGAGCUUCAUCUUUCUUCAAAUUCUUUCACUCAUCUUCUUCGUCUUCGCCUCUUCUUUCCAUUUCUUGCCUCUAAUUCCUCAAAUCAUGCCCAAAGGAUAGACCAACCUGCGAAGCCGAGAUUUGCUUCGGUGUUCGUUGCAAGUAUUAAAGAUGAGUACGAAGCUUUCGAGAAAACUAAAGGAUCUCGAUUUUUGCAGAUUCGUGAUGUUGUUUUUGAAGUAAUGAACGAAGAUGUCGUGAUGAUGAUGACGCUUGCAUAUUCCGAAAGCAGAGAUGAAGAUGGAAGAUUGUUGACGGUGAUGAAGCAGAAUGAUGAUGAUGAUGAUGAUGAUGAUUGUUGCAGAUUGUUGAGGGCUCUUGAAGGUGGAAGAUGA